AUGGCUACUCCAGAAAUGAUUGACCAAAUAACAGGAGAGCUUAUUAGAGCAUUAGAAAUUACUAUGAAUCCUGUCGCAGAACAAUCUGCUAGACAGGAAGCAUAUACUGCAUAUGAAAAUUUUAAGGAUAAUUCUCCUUAUGCACCCCAAGUUGGUUUGUAUUUAGUUCAACUAAACACUCCUCAUGGGUACAUUGUGCAUUUUGGUUUACAACUAAUGGAGCAUUGCGUUAAAUUCAGAUGGAAUCAAAUAUCGCAACCUGAAAAAAUCUUUAUUAAGGAAAACACAAUGAGGCUCUUGAUGGAUGGAAAACAAAAAGAAACAUAUGUAAAAGAUGGUCUUUCUAGAAUAAUUGUUGAAAUGAUUAAAAGGGAAUGGCCACAGCAAUGGCCUUCAUUAUUGACUGAACUAAAUGUUGCUAGUUUACAAGGACCAACUCAAUCUGAAAUUGUUUUGUUAAUUUUUUUAAGACUGUGUGAAGAUGUUGCAGUUUUACAAACUUUAGAAUCUACUCAAAGAAGAAGAGAUAUUUAUCAAGCUUUAACUACCAACAUGCAAGAUAUAUUUUCUUUUUUAAUACAAAUAAUUACUUGCCAUAUUGAUUUAUUUAAAUCAAUCGGAAACUUAGAGGCUGGGAAUCAGCAUUUUAGAGUUGUUCAAACUGGUUUGACAACUUUAUCCAGUUUCUUAGAAUGGGCAAGUUAUACACAUUUCACAAAUAAUGAUAAUGCUUUACUUAAAAUACUUUGUGCUCUUUUAGAAGAUGAGCAUUUUCAAAUUAAUGCUGUCGAUUGUUUACUUCAAGUCGUUUCAAGGAAAGGAAAUCCUGAAGAAAAAAAAUUUUUUAUCGAAUGGUUCGAUCUUAAAGUUCUUCAAUUUAUGUUGGAUGCUGCCAAUAAAGUUAGCACAAAAAGUUUAAACGAAAACAAUUAUUUAUUUUUAAAAAAACUUAUUCAGGUAUUAACUGGAUUAGGAACUUAUUUUACUGCAUUAUGCGGAAAAGAAGAUUUUGUUUCAUUUACUCGUUCAGAAUAUUUAAAUACUUACCUUAAUAUAAUGCUGACAUUUUUUCGACAUCCAAGUUUAACCAUCAUCAGUUACACAAUUUCAACUUGGUCUAGUUUUUUUAAAAAUCCAGUCAUAAGUCAAGAUCCUGUUUUUAAAAAGUAUAUUCCAGAAUUAUUCGAGACUGCUGCUCCGAAAAUAAUAAGGGUAUUUUACCCAACUUCUAGAAAUCCAAUUAAUGAUCAGGACACUACGGCUCUUCUUGAUUUCGACAGUGAGGAAGAAUUUAAUGCUUUUUUUUUCAAAACCAGAACUGAUCUUUUAGAAAUAUUUAGAAAAGCAACGGAUAUUGCACCUUUUGUUACUUUUUCAUAUGUGGAAAAAUGGUUUCGAUCUGUUUUGCAAAAAUCUGUCAUUCAACUUUCUUCUGAUAAAACAAAUUUUUGUACAUACACAUCUCCUUUAUAUUUGCAAUGGGAUGGAUUAGUUAAUACGUUGGAUCGGGUUUUAAAUCGUUUAGUACAUAUUGAAAGUCAUUCACGACCGAGCGUUUUCUCUGGUUUGGAACUCUUGGAACUUUGUUUAAAUUUCAAUCCACUGGAUCCCCUUAUAUUGUCUGAAUUAUUAUCUUGCAUAUCUGCAUUAUUUGUUUUUCUUUCUAUGGCAACGGCAGAACAAAGCGUUAGCAUUUUACCUAGGGUUUUAGAUAAAAUUUUUGCUGCAUCCGUUUUCUUACUACCGGGACAAACGAUUGAAAAUCGUUCUCGGGCGGUGAAAAACGUGAGAAGGCACGCGGGUGCUUUAUUAGUCAAAAUCGGUCAGAGGUAUCCGCUUUUAUUAUUACCAUUGUUUGAUCAAAUAAAUACCACGGUUCAAGCAAUCAUUAGGGAUCCACAACUCUCCAAGAUGGAACAAGUAACCAUUCAAGAAGCACUUCUUCUCAUAUGUAAUCAUUUUUACGAUUACAAUAAACAAUCUCAAUUUGUUGGGGAACUCAUGAAACCCGGGAUAGAUAUGUGGUUUGAAAUGGAGAAUGCUUUCAGAUCGGCUUCUGAUUUUAUGGCUUUGGUCGGUCUGGAUAAACCUCCGGUAGAGCCUAGUCAAGAAGAUAUAAAUGGGAAAAAUCGAUCUCACCUACUGUUUUGUCUUCAUUUAUUUUUUUCGGUUUUGCUCAGGAGUACGUGGCCUGAAGAUCCAGAUCGUGCUGCUAGGGGUGGAUUUGUCGUCGAUAGAACAAGCACCGGAAAUCCGAUAUACAGAAAUCCUGCGACGCCACAUAUUAUACCAAUUUUACCAAAUGUUUUGUCUUUGGUCAAAGUUUUGAAUGCAUUAUGGGCACCUGAUACUUUGUCGCGUAUAUCCGAGGGUUAUAAAGAUGCUUUUCAAAUGUCGGAAAAUGAAAAGGCUAAUCUUUUGAGUUUGGUUCCUCAAAGCAACGUUCAAUCGGAUCAACUGGACGCGGGAAUUAAAGUUCAAAGUCCAUUGGAUAGAAUGCAACAAUUUUUAGAAACCGUACAUUCGAAUUCGUACCUUUUUUUAGGAACCAUCGGUCCGAGUUUAGGAAAAGAUUUUUAUCAAAUCCCUCAAUUGGGACUAGCUUUAAUAAAUAGUUUGUUCAGUAAUUUAGAGUUUGUUCCCGAUUUUAAAUUGAGAGCCGUGAUAAGAACAUUUUUUAAAAGUUUUAUACCGUCGUGUCCGAAAGUGUGUUACAAAGACGUCCUACUUCCCGUUCUCAGUAUUUUUAUGCCUUACAUGCUAACCAGGUUAACAAAAAAAUGGGAACACAUUUCGCAAUUACGACAGGAAUCUACGAAUUCGGAAGAAAGUUCCGAUGCACAGGAAGUGGUAGAUGAAAAGCUCACUCACAUUAUCACAAAAGAAUAUUCCGACGUGAUAAACAUAUGCUUGGUCGGUGGAAAUAGCGACAGCGUUUUAGACAGUGAUGCCAUGGAACAGGAUGACUUGACGGAAUCCUCGGGUCAAAGAAACGUAAAUCAAGCUUUUGCGGAAACCGUUAGCGAGUUGGGUUUGAUGCUCAUUCGAAAUGAAAGUACUCAACACGUAAUUAUCAUCACUCUCUUAAGAUUUAUUUCUUGGAGUGACGGUUGUGCUAUUUACAAAGCUCCCGUUUUACUUCAUUGCGUUUUACGUCAACUUUCAAACGAUGGAAUUUUAAACGAAGAAAUUGCAAAUCACGUCAUGACGACCGUUUUGCAAGCUUUGCAAAUUCAAGGUCAUCAGGAAGCCAUGCAAGGAUUGUUAUUGACUUUAGGUGCUCAACUUUACGAAUUACUCAGACCGAAAUUUCCCUCAAUAGUCAAGAUAUUAAUGCAAAUUCCAAAUGUGAAUCAACAGGAUUUACAAAAAUUUGAUGAGAAAAUAAUUUUAUCAAGUCAAAAUUUCAAAACGAGUUACAAAUUAGAUAAAUCAACGAAAGAUCUUUUUAAAAAGAUUACACAUCCGCUCAUUGGGCGAAAUAUCAGUCAGUUGUUUAAAAAAGAAAUUAAAAUAAUGGAUUUGCCAAAAUUAAAUUUACCAAAAAAAGGAACUAAAGAAAAAGUGGAUUUUAAUUACGGUCAGGAAUUAAAUAAAUUGCUGUCAUAA